AUGCCCCCGUCGCGUAGUGAUCCAAACCUGUACCAAAUCUCACAAACCUCAAAAAUGGCAUUGGAAUGGGUAGUACUGGGCUACGCCGCGGCCGCAGAGGCAAUUAUGGUCCUCCUUUUAACCCUCCCCGGCAUCGAUGGCCUGCGUAGAGGCCUAAUCUCAAUAACCCGGAACCUCCUCAAGCCAUUCCUGGCUGUCGUACCCUUUUGCCUGUUCUUGCUCAUGGACAUCUACUGGAAGUACGAGACCCGACCCUCUUGCGAAUCGCCCGGAUCUUGUACUCCGACGGAGCAGUUGCGGCACCAGAAAUCGAUCAUGAAGAGCCAGCGCAAUGCUCUGUUGAUUGUUGCGGCGUUGAUGUUCUAUUGGCUGUUGUAUUCUGUGACCCUUCUGGUUUUGAAAGCUGAGCAGUUGAAUCAGAGGAUCGAGAAGUUGAAUAGUCAAGAUUGA